CGCAUCAGUUCUUCGUGGUGACUCAAAGCGAGUGGUUGGGAAAACGGAAAACAAACGAGUAAAAGUGCACGCGCGUUUUAAUUGAAGAAUUGUUUUUUAUGUUUUUGUCUUUUGCCAUAUGGAAAUGGCAGUGAGAAAACAAAAUUGAUAAUAAGAAAGUGCAGAAAUUAUGCAAAGAAAAAAUAUAUAAAAAAUAUUAAAAGUGCGUAGGAUUGCCAAAUCGAACAAAAAACGUAAAAAAUAUUUUAAAAGUGCAAAGAAAAAUUAUUAAAAAAAAAUAUUAUAAAAAAGUGCAGUGCAAAAUAGUGAGUUAAAGGUGUUGAAGUACGACGCAAAAUGCAAUGCAACUAGUAAAGUUCCAACGAAAUACGACCCCAACGAGAAUAAAAGAAGAGUGAAUUGAAAAUGUCGUCUAUAACAACAACAAAUCCACCGCGCACAAAAUUGAAUCUCCCAGCGAAUAAAAACACCUCACACCGAACAAAAAAGAAAGCAACGCGUUGGUCGCUCUUGCUAUCCUGUCUCAUACUCCUCGGCGUAUCCUUCAGCUGUCACAUCACCAGCACACAUGCUGCCAGCACAGCAACAACACAUAAACAAUUCGCGCAUCAGCAACUACACAGUCUCUCACCCGCGCAGCUGCUGCGGGAGUACGCGGAGACGCCGCUGGCGUUGAAUACAAGUCGUGCGGCAUACGAUGAGUCCAGCGUGGAAGCGUUGAUCGCACGCAGUCAUGUUGCGGCGAAGAAGUUGCAACGCCAACAGCAUGAGCAGACGCAGCAACAACAACGCCAGCAACAUCGCGCACAAAAGCGCAAAAAGCAACACAAACAACGGCAACAACGACAGGAAGAGUUGCAGCCACACAAAUCACACAAGCAUGAAAAAUCGCGUAAACAACGCGAACAGCAACAACAACAGCCAUUGCAAACACAUCAGGCAACACAUCGUAAAACCAAAAGUGGUCUGCCCAUCGAGAGCAACAUAAAUAGUAAUGAAUUUGUUGCGGACAAUAUCGCGCUGGCAGAUGCCGCAACAAAUACGGUUGCGGCAACCAAAGCAGCAACAGCGGCAUUCGCUGCCAGCACAAACAAACGUGCCACAACAACGCAACAGCAACAGCAGCAGCAGGCGAAGAAGAAAAAUGGCCGUAACGGUGCGUCCAACGGUGUUGGUGGUGGCGGCGGUCGUAAUGGUCAUGGCAUCAGAGACGUCGGACGUCAGAAAUUGCACAGAAACGUAUUGCGCAUGCUCAACAGUCAAUCGGAACAGCCAGCCGAUGGCGGUCUCUAUCCGCCACUCUUCAAUGUUGCACCACGCGCCCACAUCACCGUCAAUGCCACCUGUGGACAAAGUGGGCGCGAAGAAUAUUGCAAAUUAGUCGAUGCGUAUCCGCACAAAAAAUGGGCCACACAAUGUGGCAUUUGCAAUGUGCAAUCGUCCGAUGUGGCCAAACAACGACCGAUCGAGGCUGUCAUCUCCAAUGCGAAUUUCGACGAACGUUGGUGGCAAUCGCCGACGCUGCAAUAUGGCAGGCACUUUGAAUACGUCACGAUAACAUUGGAUUUGCGGCAGAUAUAUCAAGUGUUCUUUGUCAUGCUUAAGUCGGCAAACUCGCCUAGACCCGCUUCAUGGGUGCUUGAGAAAUCGUUGGAUGGUUUCACUUACGAACCCUGGCAGUAUUUCGGACUAAGUGAAGCGGAUUGUCAGCGUCGCUAUGGCUUGGCCGGCCAAAAUGGCAAAUAUGUUUUCGAAAAUGACACCGAAGUCAUAUGCACGACGCAAUUCUCAAAAGCGCUACCACUUGAGAACGGCGAAUUACACGUUUCGCUGCUGAAAAAUCGCCCCGGUGCUAUGGAACAAAGCGAUGAGCUAAUGAAUUUCAUAACGGCGCGUUACAUACGCAUACGCUUGCAGGGCAUGCACACAACAGCGAAUUUGGAUAACAGCGUCGACUGGCUACUGGAUGCGCAAUCGCUGGAGAAGCGCUCUUUCUACUCACUUAAACAGAUACGCGUAAGUGCGCGUCUCGAUUGCCAUGGUCAUGCCGAUAAGACUGUGGAGUUGGCAGAGAAGCGCGCCGAUGAGUUGGAGUACGCUCAACUCGCAUCCACGCUGCAAUGUGUCUGUCAGCAUAAUACCUGCGGCGCCGAUUGUGGCGAAUGCUGUGCGCUCUAUCAGGACAAGCCAUUUCGCAACGGCACCGCGCGUGAGGCUAACGAAUGCGCGCUGUGUCAGUGUAACGGGCAUGCGGCGACUUGUAGCUAUGAUGCAUUUCUGGAACGCGGCAUCUGUCAGCAGUGUCAGAACAACACCGCCGGCAAUGAGUGUGAGUUUUGUGUGAGCGGUCACUAUCGUGCAGCAAAUGAAACGCUCUCGACACCCUGCCAGCGCUGCGAAUGCGUUGGACGCGGUGCAACUGGCACCUGUGAUCCCGUGAGCGGUCAAUGCCACUGCCGUGAGGGCUUUCAGGGUGUGCGUUGCGACGAAUGCGCCAGCGGUUACUAUGGCGACGAGUGUCGGCGUUGUGAGUGUGAUGUGCGCGGCACAAUACCGGACACGGAAUGCGCGGGUGUGUGUAAAUGUAAGGCGCAUGUGACGGGAGAUAGCUGUAGUGAAUGUUUACCGGGUUAUUAUGCUCUUAGCGCCGAGCACCCAGAUGGCUGUGCGCCCUGCUGGUGCUCCGGUGUGGGCUUGUCGUGCAGUAGCGCGGUGCUGCAGACGCUCGCCUUCGAGACACUGAACGAUUGGAAGGUAACGGACAUGACGCGCUCGCAAAUGGUCGCAGCCACUGUGGAUGCCAGCACGAAUUAUCUAGUUUACGGCAUGUUUGAUCUGAAUGAUGUGGAAGCUAUUUACUGGCAGGCGCCACAAGGUUAUCUCGGUAAUCGACUCACCAGUUAUGGCGCGCGUCUCACCAUACAAGUUAACUGGGUCACCAUACGCGGUGAUACUUCUGGCAAACCUACCGCUGGACCCGAUGUAAUACUUUUCGGGCGCAACGGCUUGAAAAUCGCCUACGGUGACACAACAUAUACACGCGGUUCAGCGGCCACCAUUAACAUAACGCUCGAUGAGUCGGGUUGGUAUCAUGUACCGCCAGCUGUGCGUGAUAUCAAAACGCGCCUGCGACGCACUGAAUACCACGGUUCGGCGGUGACGCAUGCACAAAUGCUCUCGGUUUUAUCUGCGUUGGAUGCUUUAUUGGUGCGCGGCACAUUUCACACCGAUCAGGUGGAGACUUAUUUAGAGCGCGUCAUUAUAUAUUCGGGCGGUACAGAGUUGGGCGCCGCGAAAGCGAGUACGCGCGUUGAGCAAUGCGUUUGCCCUACCGGCUACACUGGACUCUCCUGUGAGAGCUGUGAUUUUGGUUUUAUACGCAUCUGGGAGAACGCGACCGAUCAUCAACUGGUAGCCAAGUGCAUACCUUGUCCUUGCAAUGGCCAUUCGAACUCAUGCGACUUGCAGGGCGGCGGCUGUGGUAACUGCAUGCACAACACUUAUGGCGAGCGUUGUGAGCGUUGUAAGGUGGGCUACUAUGGCAAUCCGCUGCAAGGCACCGAACACGACUGCAAGCGUUGCGCGUGCCCUCUACUGGUAGAUAGCAACAACUUUUCGCCCAGUUGUCAGUUGAAGACAUACAGCAUCAUGGAUCUGAACCCCGUAUACGGUGUGGUGGAGAAUUCCGAAUACAUUUGCACACAGUGUCCGCCGGGAUACACUGGUGACCACUGUGAGAUGUGCGACGACGGUUACUACGGCAAUCCAACGGAGAUGGGCUCACAGUGCCGGCCAUGCGAUUGCGAUGGUGGACCAUGUGACGUCUUCACGGGACAGUGUAUCAUAUGCGACGGCAACACCGAGGGCUGGCGUUGUGAACGCUGUAAGCUCGGCUACUGGGGUGAUCCCUCUGCGGGCUGUGUGCCCUGUGACUGCUAUGCAGACGGUUCGGAUAGUGAUUAUUGUGACAGCACGAACGGUCAGUGUUUGUGCAAACCGCGUUUCGCCGGUCAAAAGUGUGACGAAUGUGACGCGGGUUUCGCGAAUGUCGAUUUGAAGUGUUUACCGUGUAACUGUAAUCCGUUCGGCGCGGAGGAUGUAGACUUCUGUGAACCUGAUAGUGGUCAGUGUCAGUGUAAACCCGGUGUAACGGGUCUGAAAUGUGACGAAUGCGCCGAGGGACAUUUUGGACUGAAGGAGGAAUCCGAUGGAUGUGAGGAGUGUCAGUGCAGCCCGAUCGGCGCCAUCGCCGCCUCAUGUGACAAGCGUACCGGUCAAUGUGCCUGUCUGGCCAACGUUACCGGCCGGCGCUGCGACAAAUGCAAAUCAGGUCAUUGGAACCUCACGCAAGGCGUCGGCUGUCAUGACUGUCGCUGCGAUCCGGCCGGUUCGCGCAGCCACGAAUGCAACCCGUGGACGGGCCAAUGUGAUUGUAAGAUCGGUGUAGGCGGUCAACAUUGCAACGAGUGUACGGACGGUUUUUACGGCUUCUCCACCGAUGGCUGUCAACGUUGUACGCAGUGUGCGGGCGAAGGACAAGUUUGUGAUCCGUUGAAUGGUCGUUGCAUCUGUCCGCCGAACAGUCGUGGGUUGGGUUGUGCGCAAUGUGUGGCCGGUACUUGGGGUUGGCAGCCGCGUCUCGGUUGUCGCAAUUGUGCCUGCGAUCGUAUCGGUUCGAUUGGGCAGCUGUGUGAGUCGCUGAACGGACAGUGCCAGUGUCGUGAGGGUUAUGCGGGCCGUCAGUGUGACACGUGUGCGAUUGGUUACUUCGGUUAUCCGGAGUGCAGACGUUGCAAUUGCAAUGUGGAUGGUUCGUUUGUGCAUGCAGAUGGCUCGAUCACUUGCGAUGCGAACGGCCAGUGUCCGUGUAAAGCGCUAGUUGUCGGUCUCAAGUGUGACACGUGCAUGAAGUCAACCUUUGGUCUGUCGGCGCUCAAUCCGGAAGGCUGUACGCGUUGCUUCUGCUUUGGUCGUUCGAGUGAGUGUGUGCAGAGCGAAUGGUCGUGGGGACAUAUACGCAUGGCAGAGGCACGCAAUCUGAGCGUGCAGUACAUACGUCCACAAUAUGUUACGAAUACCGAAUAUGAGUAUAUUGUUGUUGUGCAGAUGGCGGGCGCAAAGAGCUAUCGGGAAGAUGCCGAAAUACACCUGCUCAACGAUCUGAAUUUGAUACCGCGCUCCACGGGCAAUGUGUCAAUCGGUGCAUACACGAACUUCUUUCAUCCACUCUACUUCCAACUGCCACCACAAUUUUAUGGUGAUCGCACCAGCAGCUAUGGCGGUUACUUGUACUUUACGCUACUGAUCGAAGGCGCAAAUCGUCCACUGGAACGCAAUGUGCUCUCACGUUUCCCCCUAGUGCAGAUACAUUCGCACAAGAAGUUGGUGCUCGACUAUUACGAAUACGAGAACUACGAGUACGCGCUCAAUGUGACCUACAAAGUGCCACUACACGAAUCCGAAUGGAAGUAUCAUCACAACAGUCAAACGGUGGAUCGUGCCACUUUGAUGGCAGCGCUGCAAAAUGUCAGGCAUAUCUUUGUGCGGGCCUCAGCCUUCGCGGACUUCACUGAAGUAGUACUCAGCAACGUUCAUAUGGACUCAGCCAUCUAUGUUUACGGUUCCACGAAUAUGAUAGCCAAAGGUGUGGAGCAUUGCAAGUGCCCGAAGCGCUAUGAUGGACUCUCGUGUCAAGAUCCCGGCAAAGGUUUUUAUCGUUAUCGCAAUGUCACCGAAAUUGAGACAGUCUUCAUAGAGGAUCUCGUCGGACGCGUUGUGCCCUGUCAUUGCAACGGACGUAGCAAUGAAUGUGAACGCGAGACCGGCGUUUGUUUGAAUUGUCGCGACAACACAGGCGGUAGCCACUGUGAACAAUGUGCUGAUGGCUAUUAUGGCGAUCCGAAUUCGCCAUAUGGCUGUCAGUCGUGUCCCUGCCCGGAGACUAGUCGUAACUUCGCCAAAGGCUGCAAUGUCUGGCAGGGUGAGGUUAGUUGCGUGUGUAAACCUGGCUACACCGGCAAGCUGUGUAAUCAAUGUCGUACUGGCUAUUUCGGCAAUCCACUGGCUUAUCCGAACAGCACCUGUCAGCCGUGCGACUGCAAUCUGGAUGGCUCUACAAGCGACGACUGUGACAGUCAAACUGGGCAGUGUCAAUGUCGGCCGGGUGUAACUGGUCUUAAGUGCGACAAAUGCAUUGCGGAACGCAACCAUCUGGAGGACCGCGGCUGUCGAAUUUGCGACAACUGCACGCUGCUGUUGCUGGACUACAUCGAGCUGAUCAGCAAUAAGUUGCGCCGCGGCCUGCACAAUAUGGAUUUGACGGGCAUACCGGCACCAUAUCUGAAAGUAGAGGACUACGAGGGCGACUACAAUACACUACAAAUUCACUACGAAGACUACACGAAUGCGCGCAAGUUGUUGGGCAGCUAUGAUGCCAACGAAUUGCUGAAGAUCGAUUCACAUGCCGAGAAUAAUAAAUUUCAGUCACGCAAAGCGCUGGCCAUAGCGAGCAAACGUAAAGAAGGAACCGGCCAGCUACGCAACGAUGUGACCACUCUAUACGUGGAUAUAGGCGCACUCCGUUCCGAUAUCUUGGAAUAUAUUUUCACGCUUAACAAUUACGGCAAGAGUGAACAACAUAUGAGCCUACCGAUGGCUUUGGAUCAAGCUCGCUUCUAUUUGGACUCCAUACGACAGCACGAAGAAACGGUGAAGAAUAUACGAAACUCCACGCAAUGCGCUUGGCAUUUCUAUUACCACUUCGGCAACGCCUCGGAUGCGGCAUUCGAUCAGAAGGCGCGUGUCGAAAUGUUUUGGCGCGAUUUGAAUCAAAGCAAUUUCCGCAUAUCCGAUAUGCGUCUACACGCCGAUCGUACGGUGGAAAUGCAAAGUGAGAUCGAUGACACAUUGGAGCAUGUAGUGAAUUUGCGCAAUCAUGUUAUGGAAGAUUAUAAUAAAAUCAAUGAGUUGGGCACUGAUGUCACAGGUUAUCUGAACAAGAGCUUAAUACCACGCACAAAUCUGUUAAUCGAAGAGAAUUGGGUACAACAAGAACAACUGACAGGUGUGACCGAUUCGAUUGAUAGACUCUAUGAACAAUUGAAUAUUUCCAUGGAUGAUAGCGAGGGCAUACAGCGAGAGGUGCGCAAGCAUUGGCUGCCUAAAGCUCAAAAGCAUGCUGAUAGAUUGAUGGAGCGUUCAAAUGAGUACGCCAGGCAAUUUCAACCCACGAGAAAUGGUGCAAAAAUCGCGAUUUUGGCGAGUUCUGCGCAUAAGAAUAUUUCCGAUGCCAUUGACGCCGCGAGACGCGCCUCCAUUGAAGCCAAAGAACGUGUUUGGGAAGCGCAAAGUAGACUCUAUCCUGACGAUGAUAGCUCUGUGAUUGAACGCGCCGAGGUAUCCUUAAACAAAUCGAGAAAACUGCAGAAAGAAGCGCUAGCCGAGAUGGAACGCACAAAUGCGCUCAAGCAAAAGCUCAAAAUGAACGAAGACAAAGUGAACAGCAUCAAAGCCACGAUCUAUGAGGCAGGCACUCGCACCAACAAUGUCUCGGCGCAUUUACAUGCCGCAGCUAAUAAUUCAGCGCGUAGAUUGGCUUUAGAGAGUAUGGACAUCGCGAAGAAUAUUAGCGACGAAAUGCGUCACGAACUGCAGAAAGCCAGACGAAUGCACGAGGAAAUUCUAAAACUGCGUGAAAAGUUCGCAAUUUUAGAACCCGAUUGGGAAAUAAAGCUCGGUCGUGCGGAGGAGAAUAUAUCGCUCACAAAGACCAAUAUACGUUUGGCCAACAUUUCGUUGUCUUAUGUGGAAGAACAAGCACAGAAGGAAAAGGCGAAAUUCGAUGAAUGGAACAAUACAAUGUCGAGUCAGGUGCAGGAAUUGCGCGACAAAAUCGCCAAAGCGCGGCACGCAGCAGAAGGCAUUAAAAUCUCACUGGAGUCACUGAAUCCGAAAUGCUCACGCACAUAUCUACCCACCUUAUAUGGACUCUCCACUUCGAACACAAUUAAGAUUUCAUUUGCGUUGCCAAAUCGCAAUGGCAAUUCGCCGCUGUUGCACAUACAAGGCAGCGACGGACGUUACAUCGCACUCGAACUCUACAAGCGGCAUGUGCGUCUGAUUUGGAAUCUUGGCGGCACAACUACCAUCAUUACACAUCCGUUGGAAGUACAAACGCGUGAUCCCAAGUAUGACGAUGCCUGGUAUCACGUGGAGGCGAAUCGCACGCUGAACAUCGGCAGUCUGUUGGUAAGACGCAUGAAUAACUAUGGCGCACUGGUGCCCGGCCAAGCCGUGAGUGGUAAUACCGAUGCUGGAUACACGCGCUUCUUCCAAACGCCCACCGAACGUAUACAUCUCGGCGGUUAUCCGAGCGAUAUGUCACAGAAGGAAAUGCAACAAAGCGCUGGUCUCAAUGUGGUCGUGCACAAUGUAGAAGUGGAUAAUCGGCCUUUGGGCAUAUGGAACUUUAUCACUAGUGAGGGACGUUGUGGUGGCGCAAUUAUUGGCGCACAGGAAUCCACAUCCACCUCGAUAGCACGCCACUUCAAUGGGUUAGGUUAUGCAGAGGUGAAGAAGUCACGUUCGAGAUCGUAUCGUAUGAAUUUGUUCGCGCUACAAAUGACCUUCAAGACACUGGAUGAGAAUGCGCUACUCUUCCUGGCGGUUGAUGAUAAGAAUAACCGCUCCGUGUCGGUGACGCUCAGUCGUGGACGCAUUAUGUUCCGCAUUGAUUACGGCGAUGAGGCGAAAUUGGAAAUAAACACAACCAACAAAUACAACACGGGUAGAUGGGUUAAGAUUGAGGCGGCGCGUGAGUUCGUACCCAAGCGCGGUACUGAAAAUGGCAUCUUACGCGUGGACAAUGAACGCGCCAUCACUGGUUCGCCCACGGUGCCCAUUAAGAGUCACAUGUUGCCCGACUUGUCGAAGCCGGUAUACUAUUUGGGUGGUGUGCCGCCAGGCUUCAAAUCUGGAACAUCCAAGGCGCCUGGUGCGGACAAUCCCUUCUUGGGCUGUAUGAAGGACGUGCAAGUCAACAGAGAAACUUACGAUCCAUUGGAGAGCGCAACACACUUCGGCGUCGAGCCGUCUUGCAAAGAGAUUAUAACAAAAGCCGGCUUUACAGGCCAAGGUUACAUAGAGCUACCCUCUCAGUCACUACGCAAGCGCGCAAACACCGGUUUCGUCUUCCGCACCUUACAAUCCGAUUGUCUGCUACUACUCUCCGCCUAUCCACCCGAAGUUGCUGAAGACUACGAUGACAAAGAUAUCAAGGGCAACUAUUCGAUCAGCUUAAUCGAUGGUCAUCUGCAAGUGUGGAUAAACUCCGGACGCAGUCUAUUGAAAAUCAUAUCGAACAACACGCUUAACGAUGGCGAAUUCCAUGUGGUGAAUUUAAUUAAAACUGGUCGCAAAUUCGAACUGAUGGUCGAUGAUGAAUUGCAAGACACAAAGAGUUUAACCGGCGCACCCACACUUGUCAGCAUGCCACGUGACGCUGGCGGUCUAUAUAUAGGCGGUGCGCCACCUUAUGAGGAGUUCACACCGCUUGCGCCGACCUUUAUCAAAUUAGAGGGCGCCAUACGUGAUGUGGUCUUCAAUAAUCAUACGGUCAACUUGAAUCAGGCAAUAGCCUUCUCGAACGUGCAAAUCGGUCGCAAUGGACCAGCAAUGGGCACUGUGAAUGGACUGAUCGAUGUAUUGCUUAAGACUGAGCCGAUGAUUGGCAAGAGCUUUACCGCAUCGCCUGAAGGAUGUUUGAGGGUCGGCAGCUAUUCGUACGAGCCGAGCGCCUUCAAAUUCGGCGAUGUAACGCACAGUUACGCCCAACUUCAAGUGCCACAACGUAAUUUCUGGCAACGUAAUUUCCACAUCUCAUUCGGUUUUCGCUCCUUCUACCCCAACGGUUUAAUCUUCCUAGCGCCGGGCACCAAGGAGAAGCAUAAACACUAUGUUGCUCUGCUGCUCAAGAACGGUCAACUGCUGUUGAUUGUGCGCGGUCGUCGACGUGAAGAAUUGAAAUUAACAGCCAAAUUAGACGAUGGUGAAUGGCAUCACGUGACGAUAUUGUGUCAAGAACGCAAAGUAACCAUGUCGGUGGAGAUUGGACAAACCGAUCAGAAGACAUCGGCGCAAAUGAAGGUACCGAAAAAGAUUGCCGCCACAAAUGUGCUCUUUGUUGGCGGUUUGCCAGAGAAGGUGCCGAAGUUGCCAAGCGAGUUGUUGCAACGCGUCGAAUCCUUCAAAGGUUGCCUGCGACGCAUGAGCAUAAAUAAUAGCACACAAGAUCUCGCGCGUCCCGGUAAACAUCAGCAUGUCGGACAGUGUUUUCCGAAGGUGGAGAAGGGCGCAUACUUCCCUGGCGAUGCCUACGCGAUAUAUAAACGCAACUUCCAUGUUGGCAAAUACUUGGAGUUCGAGCUCGACUUUCGCACAUCGGAACUUUUCGGUAUACUGUUGAGCAUAUCUGAGCCCUCAGGUUUUCCAGCGCUCUCACUAGAACUCAACAAUGGCAAUAUCAUCUUCUCAACCGAUCUUGGCGAUGGCAUGCCCUUCCGCGUACAAUCGGAACUACCCAGCAAAUACGCGCUAUGCGACAAUAAAUGGCAUAACAUAUCGGCACUGUACGAUUACGAACACAUCACGUUACGCAUCGAUCAGAUGGCGACCACGAAAGCGAGAUCGACACUACAACGCAACAACAGUAAAGUACAAACGAAAUCCGCGCUCUACAUAGGUGGUCUACCAGAAAUCGCACCCAGCGGCACAGUGCUGGCGCGUGAGAACUUCAAGGGCUGCAUACGCAAUGUGUCCAUACGUCAGGAGCGACGCGACUGGAUCGACAUGGACGAGCUGCAUAAUGUUUUGCUGAGUGAAUGUCUGGUAACUGGCGUGGAUCACUGAUUGUGAUUGCGUGUGGACAUGUGUGAUUGCAACAUGUUUGUCCAGCAGUGAAAAUGUGAGUGUCCACAGUGUACUAUUUAGUAUGUAGAUAAAGUUUGAAUUAUGGAGCAACUAUAUUCGUUUAUGUUUAAGUAGAAAGUUGAAUUCUUUUGGUGGACCAGUAGCAUACUCAAAGAGUCUACUUUUGGUGUAAUUUUAUUAUUAUUGCACAUACUGCUGGGUGUCCGAGCUGCAAUGUAUCAUUGUGAUGACAGUUUAAAUUAAAAGAAUUAACAGUAAACAAAUGAAAUGCAAAGUUGCGCUAAAAUUUAGCAAUAAGAAAGGAAUUCAUAUAUGUCCCCUUCAGGGUUUUGCUCCAAAAAAUAAUUAUUUUUAAAUAUUUUCAAAAAAAUAUUUAUUUCCAUUAAAAAAUUUAUUUAUCAGGAAAAAAUAGAAAAAUUACAUAUAUUUUUAUCCAGAAAAACAUUUAAAUUUCUUAAAACACGUUUUUAUAAAAAAUUAAUUUUAAUUUAAAAAAAUAUUUUUAUUAAAAAUUUUAAUUUCUUUUAAAAAAAAAUUUCGACAAAACUCAUUUUCAUACCCACAAACAUGUUCUCCUAAAGUACAGUAGUAGAUCUUCUAAACAUACUUUGAUCCGCAUUCAAUUCAAAGUUUCUUAAGCUAAUUCUUAGUUUUCAAAACUUCAAAAAUCGCCAACGCAGCAAGGUAUACGACAUUCUUAUUAUCAACUACAUAUAUGUAUGUAUAUCCCGCUCUAAAUGAAUAAAAACUGUUUUGAGUUUAAACUUCCACCACUUUUGAGCAAACUUCGUGUACUUUUUAAGAGUCGAUAAAAAUACGAACGACACUGCCAUAACGCAUUUACGCUUACGAACACGCUAUAGGUAUUUGAAAAUUAUUGCAAAUGUGUAAUUAAAAAUAGCGAGCAAAAAAUUAUAAAUAAAUAUGCAAGUGCGUAUCACUUUAAGAGGAGUGUGAAAGCUUCCAGAUUAGAGCUUUUCAAGCUUUCAUACAAGUGAUAUGCAGCAUUAAAUACUUAUUUCAACGAUAACGACUUAUAUAUAUGUGACUAUAUAUGAAUUAUAUAUAAGUAUAUCGAAUUUAUUACAUACAAAUGCGCUUAAAUAUAUAUAGACAUGUAUGUAUGUAUAUAUAUAUGUAAAAGUAUGUAUAUAUAUAAGUGCCUAAAUAUUUUCAAUUUAAGAGCUACAAAAUAUAAUGAAUCUUAUAUUUUAAAUCAUUGCCAAUACUUAGAAUUUCCACUAAAACAAUCUACAUACUUGUAUUCUUGUAUUCAAUGCAUUAAAUUAAGAUAAUAUUAUUUAAAAUAUAUACAGCUGUAUGUGCUAUGUGCGUACGAACGAACCAGUGACUGCAUUUUAAGAAUACAACUAGUUAAGUCUAGCUUAAAAUUGUUAACUUUAGCUAUAAGCAUACUUUUAGGCUAAGAUGUAGUUUACGUAUAAUUUAUAUGUAAGUAUGUAAGUGAAAUGUAAAGUGAGCAUACAGAUUUAUAUGAAAAAAAUAAUUU